AUGUUUAAAUUAUUGUCUUUUAUUUUGUUUGUUUUAUUAAAUUCUUCUGUUGAUUGUCUUUUAAAAUUACGAACACUGGAUAAAGAACAUCUUCUGGUUGAGGACAGAUAUGCCAAGGAAGAUACGCUUUAUCUUUUUGUUUUUCCUAGAACAUCAAAUGCCCCAUAUUUUGGAGCAAUGUGUCUUUAUGUUGAAGCUGUUUUAACUUGGAAAGGAAUUCCUUUUCAUAGAAUAAGUAACCAAUUCUUUCUUGGUUCAAAAACUGAUGGAGCAAUUCCUUUUGCUAUUUAUAACGGGAAAUAUUUGGAUGGAGCAGAAAAAAUAAUUGAAGAAGUUAAAAAAAGGGGAAAUAAAAGAUUGAGUGAUGAACAUGAUGAUAAUAUUAGAAAAUUUGCAACUAGAACCUUGCUAAAGACUCUAAUUACUGAUAGAACAUUUCGGAGAGAUCUUCCCUCUGCAACAAUUCCAAAAAAUAAUUCCGAAACACAACUAGCCUCAUCUUCAGCACCAGCAACGCCAAAGGGUGGAAUCUCUAUAAGAAAGAAAUUUAGUCCAAUUGAUAUUAAAAUCCCUCAUGCUAAAAACGAAGAAAUAAUGAUGGCAAAAUCUGAGGGGCAUUCUCCUGGAAGUUCUUUUCUUUCUAGAACUAUUGCUCAUUUAAAAUUACAUAAUAAUAAUUCUGCAAAGAAAGGUCCGGGUGGUCUUGAUUGGAUGUUAAAAGAUGAAGGAGUUCGUGAACAAUUAAUUCCAGUUAUUCCAGAAGCUUUCUUAGAUCCAGAAAUUCAAAUUAACAUUUCUAAAGAAGAAAGUAUGAGUGAUGAAUUUUUUGAUUCUCCUGUAAAAGAUAAAAAUGAAAAGAAAUCAAAAAAAGAGGAGGAAGAUGAUGAAAGUGAUGAAACAAAAAUAUCUAAAAUUAAAUAUUCUAUUAAAAUGACGUUAAGUCCAGAAUUGUGGAAAGAUUAUUUUAAUAUUUUAAAUAAAAUAAAAAUAAAUGGAAGGGAAAAUAGAGAAGAAAUUAAUUUAUUGAAAAUAAAUUUUCUUCAAGAAUAUUUUGGAGUUAAUGCUAGAAUUUAUGAAGAUUGGGAACGUGUAAAUUAUGCUUUGAAAAAUACAAUUAAUGAUAUUUUAAAGAAAUUAAUUGUUGAUAGUCAAAUGCCUUUUUGUUGGGAAAAAAGGUUGAGAGAGAUUACUGGGAAAAAUAUUAAUGAAGUUGAAGUAUUUAAUGAAUUUAAAGAUAAAAUAAAAUCGUUGGGGAUAAUAAAAAAGUUGACUGAGGCAGAGGCUAAAACCGAGGCAGAGGGUAAAAAUAAUUUUUUGCAUGGAAAUAAUCCAACUUUGGCUGAUUUUGCCCUUUUUGCUUUUCUCAAUCAAUUUUUUGAAUUUCCUUUAAAUAUUCCAGAAUUUAAAGAAUUAUUUACCCCAGAAAAGCUCAGUAAUGAGGAAAAAGAAUUAAUUGCUAAAAGAAAAGGAGAAACAGAAAAUUCAAUUAAAAUAAAUGGAAAUUUAUUUAAAAAUUAUAUAAAAAGAGUAAAAAAUAUUUUGGGAAAAUUUGGAAAUGAUGAAGUUUGGAGAAUAAUGAAACAGAGACCCUGGCCCUUAAAUUUUAAAUUAAUUGAAGAGGAAGAAAAUGAAAUUUUUGGAGAUAAAUAUGAAGGUCCAUUCAACAUAGAAGUAGGCGAAUUAACAAAUAUUCACACAUUGCUUGAUAUAAAUAAUGCAGAAAAUUUUCUUUCCGAUGAAAGUAGUCAACUUAAAAAGGAAUUAAAGAAAAAAGGAUGGUGGUCAGAUCCUGAAUUUUCAUUAAAUAAUAAUAAAAUUGAAGAAGAAGAAACAGAAGCUGGACCGAGUGAAAAAUUAAAGGGAAAAGAAAUUUCAACAGAAGAAACAAAUGAUAGUAAAUUAACAACAAAUUUACAAGAAGCAGAAGCGUCAAAAGAAAUAAAAAAAGAAAAAUCAAAAUUAUUUAUAAUUUUGAAUAAAGAUAAACAAAAAGAAUUAUUAAUAAAAAGUCCAAAGGACGGAAAAAGUCCAAAAAUGGAAAAACAAAAAAUUAAAUUUUUUCAAAACGAAAUUGUUUUAUAUUUAAUUGAAAAAAUUUUCCAAAAAUUAAUAAAUAAAUAUUUAAAUGAAAUGGAAACACAAAAAAUAUUUGGAAAAUUAAUGAUUUUGGAAAUGGCUGCAUUUAUUUGUAAUUUGGGAAAAAAUAAUAAAUUAAUUGGAAAAGAUUUUAAUGAAUGUAAAGAAAAACAUGAAAAAAUUGAAAAAAAUUAUUUGAACGAAAAUGAGGAAUUUUUUGAAAAUUAUUUUGGUGAAAGAGAUGAAAGGUUUUUUGUUGAUUUUAAAUUGGAAUUGGAUCCGGACCCUGUUUGA